AUGCCAAGCGCGAUGACUGUAUUACCAGAUCGUCGUAAAAUGUUAGUCAUCCGGCGCUGCGACGGAGCCCCGCCCACGGCUCCACCGUCUCCGCUACUGGAGACCAAAAUAGAUCUCAUUCGUAUAACAACGUGGCUUCUCUUCAACUAGCAGUCUUCUCUCUCUUUUAUUCUUUUUAUUAUAUCAAAGCUACCAAGUCUUCCUUGAUUAGACAUAGAAGGAUCAUAGCCGAAAACCAAAAAGAAAAAGCAGAAAUUCUCAAUCUUCGCAGUUUUGAUUUGAUUUUGCCCAAAAGUUACUAAAAAUUUCCGUAGCUUCACCGUUUCAUCUUUGUCUUUUUUUUUCAUAUUCUUACCUCUUCAACCAGGGAACGUUUUUACUACCUCCCCCCGCCCCUUUGAAGAGGGAAAAACUUUAAAAGAGUAAAUUUUUUUCUAUCUAACCAGGGAACGUUUUUCAACCCCCCGGUUGAACUUUUUGCUGAAAUUUUGCUGAAGUGUACAUAAGGACCCCCUGAUUGCAGAUCAAGAAAAAAAAAUUUGCGCAAUAGAUCUUGUUUCCGAGUUAUGGAGCUUCAAAGUGUGCAAAAUACUCAAAUUAGGCCAAAAAAGCGCUAUUUCGGGCUAUUGAAGUGUCCUAACUUGAAAACGAGAUCUGAAAAAUGUUCCUUAGUAAAAUCUAAAGGCUGAGUCUCAAAAAAAAAACUUUUUAUAUUGAUUAUGACUCUCUCACUUUUUUGAAAUGAGGGAUUUUUUUCUUCGAAAAAUUCUUCUCAGAAAAACAAUGCUGCAAGACUCCCAAGAAAAUUGUUUAUUCCAACAAAACGAUCCAUUUGUUUUUGGGUAGUGAUCCUUGUAUUAUUAUCGGAAUUCUGCAUAUUUUGAGGCAGAACUUUUUUUCAAUCAUCUCGCAUUUUUGCAGACACACCAUGGAAGAAUUGACCAAUGAGCAAAUCGAAUUCGGCGAAAUAGCUAAGAGCCUGAGGAAUGAUCCGAGGAGCCUCACCAACAUCAGAACUAGGGGUGGUGCGUUGAUGAUUUCUUAGACCAUACAGGAGUUUAUCAUUUUGAAGAUCAAAAUAAAAUAAAAUAGGGCGAGGAAGCAAUAAGAGUUGCUUAAUUUUCGAGCUUAAGAGAACCUGUAACACUGCUCCCAUUACAAAUAUGACCACCUGGAAGCUUCAACUUUUUUUUGAAGUUUUCUGCUUUUUUACGUUUCAAAAUCGGAUCUUUCUUUCUUUGCGGGAAAACAGUACUUUAACGCCUUCAGGGAAAAUGUUACUUCGCUUGAGAUUUCGAAUUCUAGCAAAAAGUGACUUGGCUCCAGUUUUGUAUUGGAUCAUCCUCUUUGAAGUUUUAAACAGUCGAGUUAGUUUUUUUUUUUUGGAGGGUAGACGUCUUGAAGCUUAAAGCUUUGGUGAGCUACUUGAUGAACAGUUUUUUAUUUUUUGAAAUUUCCAAUCCCACGAAAACUCAGAAAAAAAAACCAUACAGUACUGGCCAAUCAGCUUUGAAAGAGUUUUUUGGGCACAUCUUCUUUAAAAUGGCCCAAAUGCCUUGUACGAAAAAAAAAGGUUUUUUAGAUUGAGACUUUCUUGUAUGAAAUACAAUUUUUUGGAGUUAUCGGAGUUUCAGAAAGGUUGAGCUCCAUACUUGAAAGUUAUGAGGAAAACCAUUUUUUUGUGUCCUUACUGGCGUUUCAGUAAGUUGACCAAUUUUGAGAAACUCUAAGAAAACUUCCAAGCACAAAAGAAAAUGGAAAAUCAUUCCAAGGAAUUGAAAAUAUUCCCACAAAAAAACGAACAUUUUCCAAAAUUUAUUUUUUUUUAGGCUUGAAGGACUGUGGUCCGCUUCAGAAAGCGUUUUACAAUCUGAAAGAACCUUACGUCGAUCCCAGUAUGUUUCCAUUCAAAACUUUACAUUUUCAUUUGAACAUUUUUGAAGACUACUUCCAUCAUGUGAAGUACCAUGGGUUCAGGCCGGCCACAUUGAGAGACUUGAUUAGAACUAUCAAUCAUCAAAACCAAGGAUCCUCAAGAGGUAGAUCUCCUAGCUGGUAGUAUAUUGAUUACCACCGAAAGUUUGCAGCGGAUCGCUACCUCCGUUGGAUCGCCCACUGCUUAUCCUUCUACCCGGAUCAGGAUAUGGAGCUUCCUCACACCGGCGUCAAUUUGAAGCAGCCAAAUUGUGACGCCUCGACGGACCGGGGGCAGCCGACCCACUCUCGCCCCUCUGGUACUCCGGUCCUCAGACCUUUCAACCCUCCGACUCCUUCUGGGGACGCAGCCCUGUUCCUGGCGCAUUAUUGGGCCCAACUUGCAAAUGUUUUGCUUGACAAUCAGCAGUCCUACACUCAUCAGGUACGGAGUUUUCUGGCAACUUUGAAUUUGAAACAGAUUUAUUGAUGAAUGCUUCGGAUAAGGUGGGAGGUUGGAGAUAUUUAGUUCGAUGACUUGGCAAAAGUGUGUAAAAAAAUCCUUUUGAGUCACGUUUGACGCGUCUUUAAUGCACCCAUCCAGAUAUAGUUUGUGUUAUGGAAAGCUAUAAUUGAUAUAUGAAUCGCAGACAAUGUUUGGAAAAAAAUCGUCUUUCUUAAGCCGUACAGCGAAAAAAAUUUUUCCCAACUCAGAAACAAACCUUUUUAAUGGUUUAAACGUAAUUUUAAAACUUCAGCUGAAAUGGAUGAUUCGCGAGUGCCGCAACUGGGACUUCGAACGUGUCGCUCACGAGGACGACGAGUACCUCCCGAAAUUCCCUCAAUAUCAUUUCGAUCUUGGCGAGAACGUAAUGAUUUCAGUUGAAACAAUUGUAAAAAUCUAAAUUUAGAUGCGAGGAAACCAAGAAGAGCCGCAGUUCUUUUCUUCUUGCGACCCGCAAUUCUCGAACCCAUUGCCAGAGUUUGAGGUGGAGUGACAUUUUCUUUCAUCGAAUAUUGUUAAAAAUAGAGCAAGCUGAAAAAAAUUGGAAAAAUCAAGCAUGACGAAACGAGAGUCUUUGAAAACUUCAUAAAAUGCUUUGUAAAAAUCCCGAGUCCUUUUUAAACUAAAGAGAAGUCACUCCAUAAAAAAAAUCGCCAAAAAGCUCUCUGAAUAAUAAAUUUUUUAAGUAUCAUUUUUUCCUUUUUUCUAACUUUUGAGGAAAGCUCAAAGUUCAAUAGUAGCCGACUUAACCAGUUUUCCACGAUUUUCUCUGGCUAUGUAGCAUUUUUUUUCGAAAUAAGCAGAGUUCCGUAUGGUAAAAUACUGUACUUCCGUAGUUUCCUUGAAAUACCGUUUCUCCUAAGGAAUUUUUCCUGUUUUUGCUUCUAAUGAGCAGAAAGAGUCAGAAUUUUAUUUACUCAACCAAAUAUUUUUCAGGAAGAGAAGAGAAUCGGAAGUGAUCAGGAAACUGUUGAUAUUUUCAACCGUAUCUAUGAGUGGCUUGAUGGGAUGACGUCGGGCCCAACCAGUAUGGAAUAA